AUGAUGCAAUACAUGCUUCUAUUCAGUCGGCAAGGAAAGCUACGGCUUCAGAAAUGGUACACUGCGUAUCCAGACAAAGUAAGCGAACUUCAUCGCUUUGCCUGACAAAGAGUCGAUUUUCAGCAAAAGAAGAAGAUUUGCCGUGAACUCAUCACUCAAAUCUUGGCACGAAAACCGAAAAUGUGCGCUUUCCUCGAGUACAAAGAUCUGAAAAUCGUGUACAAGCGGUAAGUUGGUAUUCCGAACAAAAUGGCAAAAAUCAUUAUAAUAAACCUACGCGAACUUUCCUUAUAGCGCAAAAUAAGUUUGAAGAUUAAAAAUUAUUCUGCAUUUCCUUCGGAAUUCAAUAGAAACUUCAGGUACGCCUCGCUUUACUUCUGCUGUGCCAUCGAGCAGAACGACAAUGAACUCAUCACUCUAGAGGUCAUUCAUCGGUAUGUGGAGCUUCUGGACAAGUAUUUCGGGAGUGUGUGCGAGCUGGACAUUAUAUUCAACUUCGAGAAAGCCUACUUCAUACUUGACGAGUUCCUGCUCGCCGGGGAGAUUCAGGAAACGAGCAAGAAGGCAGUGCUCAAGGCUAUCGCGGCUCAGGACUUAAUUCAAGAAGAGGAGACUCCACAAGGCUUCUUCGAGGAUCAUGGGCUCGGAUAA